AGAGGUUGGUCGGACACCGUUCUGGUGCACAACGUGUAGCUAAGUUUUUCAAGCAAAGCUAACGCUUCUGAUCUUACGCCCCAUCUUCUAACAGGAGAUGCUCACCGACAAGGUUUAAACUCGUUUAGAGAAAUCCCAGGUAGUUGUGAUGUCGGAGCCCAAGCCCCCCACUCCUACCACUCCAACCCCUGGAGACACGUACAAGGGUUGGCUCUUCAAAUGGACUAAUUACAUAAAAGGUUAUCAGAGACGAUGGUUUGUUCUCAGCAAUGGAUUGCUGUCUUACUACAGGUCUCAGGCAGAGAUGGGUCACACUUGCAGAGGCACGAUAAACUUGGCCACUGCCAACAUCGCCGUGGAGGACUCGUGCAACUUUGUCAUUUCCAACGGAGGGGCACAGACUUAUCACCUGAAGGCCAGCUCCGAAGUCGAGCGCCAGCGAUGGAUCACUGCCCUGGAACUUGCUAAAGCAAAAGCUGUGCACAUGCAGAACGAGUCUGAUGACUCUGGUGACGAGUUCUCUGCAGUCCCCCCUGUCUCGGGGCAGGGCGGGGGCUCUCAUCACUCAGAAGUCCAGUCCACAUUGCGUACCCUGAGCAGCAAGGUGGAGGACCUUACCACCUGCAACGAUCUAAUUGUUAAACAUGGGUCUGCUCUCCAAAGGUCUUUGUCAGAGCUGGAGGGGCUGCGUGUUGGGGCGGACACGGGGGAAAAGAUCAGACAAGUCACAGAAAGGGCCACACUCUUCCGAAUCACCUCCAAUGCCAUGAUCAACGCUUGUAGGGACUUCCUCUCUAUAGCCCAGAGCAACAGUAAGCGCUGGCAGAAAGCCUUACAGACUGAAAGAGACCAAAGGAUUCGUCUGGAGGAGACUCUGGAACAACUAGCCAAACAGCACAAUCACUUGGAGAGAGCCUUCAGAGGCGGUCUUUCAGGAAAAGGCGAUGCCAGUGAUGAGGAUGAUGACAAUGAAUUCUUUGAUGCAAUAGAAGACCCAACAGGAUUUAUUACUGUUCCCGCUGACCCCAAGUACCAUAGGAGAUCUGGCAGCAAUGUCAGUGGUAUAAGCAGUGAAAUGGGAAUGGAUGAUCAGUCGUUUGAUGAACUUUCCUUGGCAUCCAAUUCAGAGUCUUUGCCACCUCUCGAGCUGGAGCCAGUUAGACAAAGACGGACUCGGAUUCCUGACAAACCCAACUAUUACCUUAAUUUGUGGAGCAUCAUGAAAAACUGUAUUGGAAAAGAACUCUCAAAGAUACCAAUGCCUGUAAAUUUCAAUGAGCCGUUGUCGAUGCUUCAGCGUCUGUCUGAAGAUCUUGAAUACUACGAGCUCUUGGAUAAAGGUGCGAAGUGUCAUAACUCUUUAGAGCAGAUGUGUUAUGUGGCAGCGUUCACCGUCUCUUCCUACUCCACCACCGUCCACCGCACAGGAAAGCCCUUCAAUCCCUUAUUGGGGGAAACCUUCGAGCUUGAUCGGAUUAGAGAGUCCGGUUACCGCUCACUUUGUGAACAGGUGAGCCACCACCCACCAGCUGCAGCUCACCAUGCCUUCUCUGAAAAGGGCUGGACCCUUAGACAGGAGAUUACCCUGGCCAGCAAGUUCAGAGGAAAAUAUCUUUCCAUUAUGCCACUGGGUUCUAUCCAGUGUAUAUUUGAUAAGAGCAACAAUCAGUACUCUUGGAAAAAAGUUACUACGACCGUACACAACAUUAUUGUUGGGAAAUUAUGGAUUGAUCAGUCAGGGGAGAUAGAUGUGGUGAACCACAAGACAGGAGAUCGCUGCCACCUCAAGUUUGCUCCCUACAGUUACUUCUCCAGAGAUGUACCAAGGAAGGUGACUGGAGUUGUGACAGAUAAGGAUGGAAAGGCUCAUUAUGUCCUGUCAGGAACAUGGGAUGAGAAGAUGGAGUUUUCCAGGAUAAUGCAAAGCAGUAAAGGCGAUAAUGGGACCGAAGGCAAACAGAGGACUGUUUACCAAACCCUCAAACCCAAAGAAAUCUGGAGAAAGAACCCUUUACCAGAGGGAGCUGAGAACAUGUACUAUUUCUCCUCCCUUGCGUUGACACUUAAUGAACCCGAGGAGGGCGUGGCGCCGACAGACAGCCGCCGACGACCGGACCAGCGUUUGAUGGAAGAAGGCCACUGGGAUGAAGCUAAUGCAGAAAAACAAAGGCUUGAAGAAAAACAACGCUCUACUCGGCGAGAAAGGGAAAGAGACGCAGUUAAAGUAGCCGCUACCCCUGAGGAAGCUCAUUCACAUGAGACUGGCACCACAGCAAGUGGAGUUUCUGAUGAAAGUGCUCAUCCAGACAACUACCAAGCAAUGUGGUUCGAGAAGAUACACGACUCUGCAUCUGGAGAGACAUUGCACGUCUACAAGGGAGGUUACUGGGAAGCGAAGGAACAAGGAAGCUGGGAAAUGUGCCCAGAAAUCUUCUGAUUACAGCUUUCAGAUAACUGUAGCCUCAGGGUCUUGUCGACGUUGUGGCAUUGUGAUUAUUUUGCUGCUUAUUGUGUUUCAUUCCGUUGACCUCGUAAAUCGAAGCAAAAAUCUGGGAAUAAUGUCACACCUAACUCAACCGCGUUACAAGUGAGAAAACCAGUAAAGUACUCUGUGCAAGUCGUAAUUAUUAUCGAUACAAGCCGAGAACAUAGAAACAUAGAGUGCUGCGUUUUAUGCAUUCAGUCACUGGAAAAAGAAAGUUCACUAAUCAAUGUAUCAAUUAACAGAGGAGCAAGCAAAAUGUUUGUCAGUGCAGCAUUUCUCAUGGACAGGGAAGCCAUAUUGGAUUUUGGGGUUGGGGAUUGUUAAAAAAAAACGUCUUCUGCCUUGGAUCUUAGAAACUCAAACUUCUGUGUCCUGAUGAAAUGCAUCAUUAGUAUUCAGAGCUCCUUCUUACUGCCACUGCUCUCUCCCUGUGGGAGCUAUGAUUUUUUAGUUGUAUCUCUUAAUAUUAUCCUUUUUAUACAGUGCCUUACAAAAGUAUUCAUCUACCUUCCCUUAAACGUUUCAAAUUUUCACAUUAUAACCACAAACCAAAACAGAUUUUAUUAGGGUUUCAUCCGAUAAGCCAACACAAAGUAGUACAUAUUUGUGAACUUGAAGAAAAAAAUAUACGGAUUUUCUAAUUUUAUUUUACAAAUAAAAAUAUGAAAAAUGGGGGUGCAUUUGCAUUUAUUCCCCCCUGACAAACCUCACUUUACUACGGCUUCAAGUGUUUGGGGUAUGUCUGUACCAGCUUUGUACGUCUAGACUGACGUUACCACAGGCUUUGUCAGGAUGAAUGGAGAGCAUCUGAACAUCUUAUUUGUAAAUUUUGAAUCAAAUUCUCAAUUGAAUUUAGAUGUGGGCUUAGAAUGAGAUAGUCAAACAUGUUAUGCUUUCAUCUACACUGUUCCACAGUAGCUCUGGUUACGGGGCUGUUGUCCUGCAUGAAGGUGAACCUCCCAGCCCCAGCCUCCAACAGGUUUUUAUGGUUCUUCCAUGAAGGUCGGAUUUGGGGAGUGCAUGGGUAAUAGUUAUCCCGUCAACACAUUCUCUCACAUGUAGAUCUCUGCAAGUCCUCCAGAAUUACCAUCAACCUCUUGGCUGCUUCUCUGGUUAAUGCUCUCCUUGCAAGAUAUAUCUGCAUAUCCACAAUGUUGGUCAAUUAUUUCCAUGUUGUUGCCGUUUGUGCAUGUGUUUCAGAAGGGGAGGGGGUUGGCCGUGUCUUAGUGAUAGUGAUGCAGCGCAGGAUUACGGGAUAUUUUAACUGCAGCAGAGGAGCAAUGUCAGCGAUGUGGUCAUUUGUUUGUAAUAUAUGUAAUAUCGGUUAUCAGCCAUAACAGUAAUAUUAUCGAAUAUUGAUAUCGGCCCAGAUUUAGAAAUCUGUGCAUCCCUACCUUGCAGUUGUGCCAUACACUUUCCAUCUUUGGAUGGCAGACUGAACAGUGCUCUAUUAGAUGUUGGAAGGUUGGGAUAUUUUAUAAUGUAACCCCGCUUUAACCUUCUCCCUGCCCUGUCUACUGUCUUAUUUGGUCUUCAUGAUGCUGUUUGUUCACAAAUGUUCUCUAAGAAACCUCAGAGGCCUACAGCUGGAUUUAUGCUUAGAUUAGAUUAUGUACAGGUUGACUCUAUUUAGUAAUUAGGCAACUUUUGAAGACAGUUGGUUGUAAGGGUUUUGUUUUGAGGGUAUUCAAUGUACAAAUGUACAACACUUUUCUUAUCUUUGUUAGCAAAACAAUUCAAAAACCUUGUAUAAUAUAUUCCUUCCACCUCACAAUUAUGUAAUACUUUGCAUUCAUCUGUGACAUGACAUCUCAAUAAAACACAUUGAAUUUUGUGGUUGUAAUGUAACAAAAUGAGGAGAAAGUUCGCAAUGUAUUGAUACUUUUCCAAAGCACUGUAUGUAUUAUAGUUCAUGGCAUCUAUUCCUUUAAAGGUAGUUUAUUGAUUAGAUUUGUUUUCCAACGUAGUUACGAAUUUGAUUAUUUUGCAGUGACUCUGAUCCAGCACCACUUUGAACAAAGUUUAAUCAUCCUAAAGCUGGAAACUAUUUAGACCACUGUGCUGUGUGUUUCUAGAGUGUCUUUCUACAUGAGGUGUACGUUUUGUGCUUUAUAAACCCGUUUAGCAUUCAUUUUGUUUGUGUUUUCUUUAUAUAUUUCCAGCCUCUUGCCCUCUUUUAAAGCAGAUUAUACAAACGCAUGGUCAGGGUCACAGUAGUUUAGUAUAAUUUACUGUAUAAGAUAAGUUUCUAUCAUUUUAUUGAUUUUAAGACACUGAUCUUAAAGUCUUAAUACUUCGUAUUUAAGUGUUUUAUAAUUUUUCUAUUAAAGAACCUCUUUCUUUUUUUCCUGGCAUUAUGCAGAAAAUAUUUUUUUUUCUGUUUUUUCCUGUGUGAAUAUAUAGUCAGUACCAUAAAUCUAAUGCAGUGGGGUCCAGUGAAAAUACUUACAGCACUCCUGCACCAGUAAUGUUGUCUGUCCCAUCAUUUUGUCUCUUCCUUUAAUAAUUCACUUUAAAUAGUGCAGAUUUCCCUUUAGACUCGAUUACAUUGUUUCAUGCAAUCCUUUAAUAUAAAGUGGUAAACAUGAAGGAAAUGAUUUGACUGUUUUAGUAGUCAACUGGAAGAAAAAACAUGGUCCAAGGCUGUUUUUUGGUCUUCAUUAUUUCCUAAUCAUAGCUUUAACCUUAUGUAAUGAAUAUGUGUGCUGCAAGCGUCACAUUUUUUACAGAGAGCAAUAAGAGAGCUGCUCCUCAGGUAAACGGCACAACACCAAAUCGAGUCAUAUAGGGACACUAAAGCUGCAAAAUAAAGUGGGUUCUGUUUUUUUGUUGUAUAAUUUGAGCUGGGAUGUGGUGUGGCUGAUUGGAAACAAAAAGUGAAAUCUUAAUAUUUCUCAUUAAAGUGUACUUACAAAGAGAAUACUGAUGAAAAAUGAAGACAUGUUGUAAAUGAUGCUGUGUACAUAAAUCAGGUAGGGUAACUGGAGGCUGCAGAUAGAGAAUCCUAAAGCAGAGAAGCACUUUAAAGGGGUUCUUUGUUUUGCUUUACGGUAUGAUAUUUGUUUAUUAACUGGAAGAGCUUUCUAAUUUAAAUAUUUAUAGAAUUACACAGAAUUUAUUUUGUAUAUUUACCCACAACAUUUAAAUUUGCAUCCAAUUGCAUCGUUUCAAGUUAUUCAGUUUACAUAUUCUUGACUGUUCUUUUUCUAAAUGUGUCCCCCUUUUGUUUUCUUUUGUUGCUCCAUAGUUUUAGUCUUUAUGUUCUAUUAUGAAACCUUUUUUUAUGCCAUUAACUGUAUUUCCAUCUAUGAUUACUAUGAUACCGCACUCUGUAGACUGACACUGUCCACAGAAGAGGUGUUCUUGCACUUUACCACAGUAUAUGAGUGUUCCCAGAUGUAAUAUGACUAAUAAAUGGUUGAUUUCAUUCGGAA